CAUGGUCUAUGCCAAAAAACUUCCAAGAAUUAACUCGAAUCUAGGAUUACCUCGAAUCUAGGGUUACCUCGCCAAAAAAUUAAAAAAACUCUACUAUUUGUUAACCUAAAAGUUUGACGUUGACAAUAUUUUUUGUAAGAUCUGAUUUUUCGUAGUUUUUCCCAAAAAUAUGGCGCUACAAAAUAACGAAAAGUUUGAUAUCAAAAUAGUUUAUGAUAAAUUUGAAGCUGCUCUUCAUGAAGAAGAUGAUAUUCACCUUCAAUUUUACUUGGAAAGUUUUGAGGAACUUAAUAAAUUUUUUACAUUAAUGGGAACCGUUUUUGGAUUUGUAAGUAAAGAUUUAAAAGCCAAGAUGGACAUAUUAAAUGAAUUUUUAAAGGACUCCAAUAAAUCAGAGAAUUUCAUUACUGUGAAGAAGAUGAUAGAAUACGAAAAGCAGAAUGAAUUAUUAAAUAAAAAAGGUUACACAUCAGGAAGCAGGACAUUACUUCGACUACAUAGAGGACUAGAUUUUAUUCAACUAUUUUUAAAAAAGCUGGGCGAUUUAAGAGACGAAGAAAGCACCUCUUCAGCAUGUCGAGAAGCUUAUGAUCAGACUUUGGCUAAACAUCAUCCAUUUGUAAUAAGAAAUGGUGCAAAAGUAGCUAUAUAUACUCUACCUACAAGAGAAAUAUUGUUAAAAAAGGUUUGUGGUGAAUUAGAUAAUAUACAGAAAGCAAUGAAUCUAUUACCUGAAACACUAGAAGUUACAGCAGUUGUUCAUACCAGAAUAGAGAAAUUAUACACAGUACAUGAUCUUCAUAGAUUACCUUAAAAUAUUAUUUAUUAUGUUGCUGGGUAAAGUCAUUGUAGAAUUGACAUUCUGUGAUUAAUUACAUUGCAGUAUUCUGUAUAUUUCGUGAUGAAAAAUCUUAUAUAAUUUGCUUAAGUAAUCCUGGAAAAAAUUGACUUUAUCAAAAGAGAGUGAAAUCUUUUGGGAAAAUGUAUUAACAAGUGUUGAUGACGUAUACUUCCAUCUCAAUUUUUGCCUCCUGAAAUUUGAUUCCAUAUGACUGUUAUUCUUAAUUUUGCUCAAUUCCAUUUAUUCUCAGAAUAAAAGUAGUGAAAUUGAUAACUAUUACCAACCUAAGAAGCAGAGUCUAGUUUUUAGUUUUUCCAAUCCCUCCAAAUAAAUAGGGCUUCUAGUAUGACUUUACCCAUGUUAUCAAAAAAUACAUGGCAUUUGUACUGGCAGUUUUUAAAUUAAACUCUCAUCCUUUUUAUGUGGAUGGAGCCAUAAAAAUAGUAUAUGUAACAGAGGCAUUAUUUUAAGAAAAAGCUGUAAACUAUAUGGUAUAGUCCUU